UGUCCCAAAGAUAAAAUGUCAAUCCAGAAGGAUAUGGAUGACUGUUCAAAAUGUUCAGAAAGUCAAUAUCCAAAUAAAGACCAAGAUUCAUGUAUUCCCAAGAAAAUAUCUUUCUUGUCUUAUAAGGAACCAAUGGGGAUAAGUUUAGUUACUCUGGUGUUUUUCUUUUCUCUCUGUACAAUUGUAAUUCUGGCAACAUUUUUGAAGUACCACAAUACUCCCAUUGUCAAGGCCAAUGACCAAAAUCUCACCUACAUUCUACUAAUCUCCCUCCUCCUCUGCUUUCUUUGCUCAUUGCAGUUCCUUGUUGUACCAAGCAGUACAAUAUGUCUCCUCCGACAAAUUAGUUUUGGCAUCAUCUUUUCAGUGGCUGUGUCUUCUGUGCUGGCAAAAACCAUCACAGUGAUUUUGGCUUUCAUGGCCACUAAACCUGGAUCCAGUCUAAGGAAAUGGGUGGGAAGAAGAUUGGCCAUUUCCAUUGUUCUUUCUUGUUCCUUAAUUCAAACAGGAAUAUGCACAGUAUGGUUGCUCACAUUUCCACCUUUCCCUGAUGUUGACACCCAUUCAGAAAGAGAGGAAAUCAUACUGCAGUGCAAUGAAGGCUCCUCUACCAUGUUCUACUGUGUCCUGGGAUACAUGAGCUUUCUGGCAGCUGUCAGUUUCAUAGCAGCAUUUUUUUCCAGGAAGCUUCCCAGUAGUUUCAAUGAGGCCAAAUGUCUCACAUUUAGCAUGCUGAUCUUUUGCAGUGUGUGGCUCUCUUUUGUUCCUUCCUACCUGAGCACCAAAGGCAAAUACAUGGUGGCUGUGGAGGUUUUCUCCAUUCUGGCUUCCAGUGCUGGGUUGCUAGGCUGCAUAUAUCUCCCAAAAUGUUACCUAAUCAUUAUUAGGCCAGAACUAAACAACAGGGAACAACUAAUAAAAAGAAAAUCUUUAUAA